AGAGAUGCCGUGAUGGAUCUCAAACAAGUGAAAGAGUGGGGCGUGUUAAUUUGCCACUGUUGAUAAUGAGAGCCACUUCGUGCGUCACGGUGCGCUCUCCACCCUGCACGUCAAUUGUUGGCAGUGCAGCAUGUGAUGCUCCGUCCUGCACUGUCCUGUGAGCGCUCAGUCAGUACCACAGCCGCACACACACAUACACAUGCUCGUGGUGGAUGUAUUCAUGCCUCUCUCCAGAUAUUCUCUGACAACUGCGAUCGCUUAAGCCCGGAUUAUACUGCUGUACAAGACUCACGGACUGAAGCCAAGAACUGAAAUCCAGCAAUCGCUCUUCAGCAUCGCUCUUCCUUUCAUCCCCACCUGACGUUUGGCCUCCGUCACUUCUUCCCGUCUCUCGCUCUCUGUUUCUCUCUCCACUCGCCCCCACCCCCACCCCCCUCCUGACCCUCAGCCUCCCUGAUGCCUAAGAACAGCAAGGUGACACAGCGCGAGCAGAGCCAUGAGCACGUCACAGAGUCGGUGGCUGACCUGCUCGCACACGAGGAGCCGCUCGACUACAAGAGCAGCUCCCUGAAUGUCGGAGGGGCGGCGGGGAAGAAAGUCCCUCAGAUAGAGGUCCCUGAAAACGAUGGGCGACCCGCCUGGAACAGCAAACUGCAGUACAUCCUGGCCCAGGUGGGCUUCUCUGUGGGCCUGGGGAACGUGUGGCGCUUCCCAUACUUGUGCCAAAAGAAUGGAGGAGGCGCCUAUCUGGUUCCUUACUUCAUCCUCCUCCUCAUUAUUGGCAUCCCUCUCUUCUUCUUGGAGCUGGCAGUGGGUCAGAAGAUCAGGCGUGGAAGUAUCGGGGUGUGGAACUACGUCUGUCCCCGCCUGGGUGGAAUAGGAAUGUCAAGUCUGAUGGUGUGCGGCUUUGUGGGUCUCUACUAUAAUGUGAUCAUCGGUUGGAGCAUUUUCUACUUCUUCCAGUCCUUUCAGUAUCCUCUCCCAUGGAGUGACUGCCCAAUCAGAAAGAAUGGGACACUUGCCAUUGUGGAGCCAGAAUGUGACAAAAGCUCGGCUACGACCUACUUCUGGUACCGGCAGACUCUGAACACGACCAGCACCAUCGCAGAGAGCGGCGGCCUCAACAUCAAAAUGACCCUGUCUCUGCUGGUAGCCUGGAUCAUUGUCUGCCUCGCCGUCAUUAAAGGAAUCGCUUCCUCUGGGAAGGUGAUGUACUUCAGUUCUCUUUUCCCCUACGUGGUGCUGUUCUGUUUCCUGGUCAGGGGUUUAAUGCUGAAGGGCUCAGUAGAUGGUAUCGCUCACAUGUUCACUCCCAAGUUGGAGAAGAUGCUGGAGCCGCAGGUGUGGAGGGAGGCCGCCACCCAGGUCUUCUUUGCCCUCGGUCUGGGUUUUGGAGGAGUCAUUGCCUUCUCCAGUUACAAUAAGAUUGACAACAACUGCCACUUUGAUGCCGUGCUCGUCUCUGUCAUCAACUUUUUGACCUCCAUUUUGGCCACACUGGUUGUGUUUGCUGUGUUGGGCUUCAAGGCAAACAUCAUGAAUGAAAAGUGUGUUGUGGAGAAUGCAGAAAAGAUCCUGGGAUACCUCAACUCCAACGUCCUGAGUCAUGAUCUUAUUCCUCCACAUGUGAACUUUUCCCAUCUCACCACGGCGGACUACGCUGAGAUGUACGGGGUCAUUAAAACGGUCAAAGAGGACAGCUUUCCCCAGCUGGGUCUGGAGCCGUGUGUUCUGGAGGAUGAGCUGAACAAAGCUGUCCAGGGCACCGGCCUGGCCUUCAUCGCCUUCACAGAAGCCAUGACGCAUUUCCCAGCAUCUCCCUUCUGGUCAGUCAUGUUCUUCUUCAUGCUCAUCAACCUCGGUCUGGGCAGCAUGAUCGGCACCAUGACUGGCAUCACCACACCUGUCCUUGACGCCUACAAAGUCCAGAAGGAGCUUUUUACAGUGUGUUGCUGCAUCAUCGCUUUCUUAUGCGGCUUGUUGUUUGUUCAGCGGUCGGGAAAUUACUUUGUCACCAUGUUCGAUGAUUACUCGGCUGGUCUGCCUCUCACUGUAGUGGUCAUCCUGGAAAAUCUGUCUGUUGCUUGGAUAUAUGGCACCAAAAGGUUCAUGCAGGACCUGGAGGACAUGUUAGGUUUCCGACCUUAUAUCAUCUAUUUCUACCUUUGGAAGUACGUCUCCCCUUUCUGUCUUAUCGUUCUCAUCUCGGCCACUGUCAUCGAGAUGGCCAUCAGCCCACCAGGAUACAACGCCUGGGUUCAAGAGCUGGCUCAGGAACGCUUCCAGAGCUAUCCUCCCUGGGCUCUGGCCAUGUGCUUCGCUCUUAUCGCUGUGGCCAUGCUUCCGCUCCCUGUUGUCUUCAUCGCCCGACACUUCAACUUGAUGUCAGAUGGCUCUAACAAGCUGUCUGUCUCUUACCAUAAAUCUAUGAUGAAGGACAUAUCCAACCUUGAGGAGCAGGAUGAGGCUAGAUUCAUCCUUGGAGGCAAACCAGGCGAGGCCCCAUCAUCAGGGCCAGCACGUAAACCCUUCCUGACACCUGGAGGAAACAAACCCAUGGACUCCCUGUCUCCAAACAUCUGCUAUGGUACUAGCUACCAAAAUGCUGCCAUAAGCCCCACCACACCAACUACACCAAGCACACCUCUCACACCAGAGUCUGACUCUUGACUGUUGCCCAGCCUUGACAGACUCCCCUCUGACCACCCCUGUAGCACAACUUUACCCAUGAGGUCUCCACUGGAGCUCAGCGCAGCUCCAGGAAUCCUCACCACUGCCCUGCUAACGCCACAAAACUGUACGUAGCCAUCCAGUUUAUGAGCGCUUCCAAAAUAACACGAAGGAACUUCAUGAGAAGAUUUCCAGAAUGUUUCCAAGCAUCUGGAAGUUAGAAAACAGGAAAUAAGGGAUGCAUUUCACUGUUUUACAAUAAACGAAACUCUGGAAUCAGGUUGAGAUUAACAGUGACACACUACAUCUGUAUAUAUUUAAAAACAUCAGGUUAAUGUGUUCAGAAUGAAGUUCUGUGAUCUGAUUUUCUUUGCCUUAGUUUAAGGAUCCCCUAGCAGACACCGACCCCAUAGUAUAAGGACAAUGUCUGCACAGUGCAGGUAGUGUGAAAGAGUGAAUGUAGUAGAGUUUGUGAGGUUCUGCUGGUUUCCUAUGUAGCAAUAAUGGGUGUCAAAGCCAUGUACCACUUAAUACGCAGCAGGUUUUCUUUAUAUUAGAUGUUAUGCAGUCGACAAGGUGCAACUGAAAAGUUCCAAAACCAUACCUGAUUCAGAUUUGGACAAAUUGUUCUUCAAGGUCAUGCUCAGCACAGCUGUGGAAAGUCCCAUUUUCACUCCACAGUGUGCGCUGUGAAUUCAAGUCACAACUAAACUCUACUGUAACGUCCUGAGGUGUCUGAGGAAGACAUUCACAGCAAACCACCUGACCUGUGGUGUUUGCCACUGUGUGAUGGCACACAAGGAAUCAAAAAAAACAAAACACUCGACUCUGUAUGUUUAAGAAAAUGACUUUAAAGGUGAGCACUUCCAAAUUAAGAUCAGGUAACGUUUUUGGCCACAGACUCGCAGCUCUGUUCUGAUGCCGUGAGAUUUGUUUUCAUAGGACUAUGAUUUGUAAAAUAUGCUAAGACGACUCUAAAGGCACCCGUUUAUGUUCCAAUCAGACCCCACAUCCACCUCCUCCUGUAAUUUGCGUGUAGAGUCUAUUGUUGUUGUUCAUUUUGUAAAAACAAAAAAAGGUGUAAAAUCACAAUGUACAGUAUAGUUAUAGUAAUGUAACAUACCUUUAGGACUCUGGGUUUUAUUAACCGGGAGCUCAAACCACUGUUUCAUUAUCCAUCACUCUCACGUCUUCGUCUCCGUGCUGUAGAAACACACUCAUUUCAGUUUCUCCACCAAAGAGUUAAAAGUAAACAACAAAACACUUGAAAUCUGCUCCAGAAUAACAGACCUGUUACACUGGACUGCAGUGAAAGUGAACUACAACCCAAAACACAACGCGGGCACGAAGCUCGCAAACUUUGCUUUUCUCCUCCUUCAAAAAAGCACAAAGGAGAUUUUGACUCACUGAGCACAAGCAGAUUAUUGGCUGGAAUUGUCUCAAGCAUUGAUCCACAUUUUAAAAUGAACUCCUGCCGAGACAUAUGGGACACACAGCAAUAUAUAUUUAUAUUGGCGCACAAACUGUGUUAACUUUGAACAAAAAAAAUGAACUUAAAAUAAGAAAAAUAGCUACGGACCAAAAGAUUAAAAAGCAAAAAUUCCAAUUCUGUGAACUUAUCAGCCGACCUGAUAGUGUGCACCUUUGAAAGCCUUAGACUCCUCAUGCACAGACAGAAGUACACAUGCACACACAUACACACUGCUCUCUGUGUUACAGGGCCUGCCGUGGCGCAGCAGGGAUUACGGUGAUGGUCGCUGACUUGAGUUGAAACUGAGCACAUUUAAAUUCCUAUUUAAAGGAAUCUUUAAUUUAUUUUUUUAAUCACAAUAUUUACAGCCAUGGUGUUUAGGUAUAAAUGGACUAUUUAUAUUCCUGUAUAUUUGCUGUUACGUAGGCGUGAUGAAUUACAAAGAUUUAUCUUUUACAAGCGUUUAGUAUGUAUACUGUGUAUUUUAAUCUUGUGUGACGCUUAUUGAGUCUGUACAUUUUAGAACUGUUCUGUAGUUUGUGGAGCUGAUCGUGGACAUGAAAAUGAUGCUGCACUGUGGAGCUGAUGUACGGUCUUGUUUAGUCGUGUGUGUGUCCACUUCCGGUUUAGUGGUCUAAUCGUUCACCGAAAGAUGCUCUCAAAAUGUCCUGUUAGCCAACAGGUUCAUGAAAGGCUGUCUCUAAAAUAUGUUUAGCGUAGAUGACACAGCAUGCUAACAUCCUGAGCAGAUAUCUUUCCAGAUGUAUACAAAACUUGCACGCACUUUUUUUUUUUAGGUUGAACCACUCUGAGGUCACCCAUUGAUUUUGGACUUUGUUCAACUUUUUAAUCCUCGGGUAUUUGGACAAGAGGGUGGCAUGCUAAGUUAUAAGCUAAAGUUAGCAAGCUUGCUACUAAGCUGCAUUCAUAAUCUGUACAGCUUCAAUGCACAAUAAUAAACACCUGCUAAUAAAGCUCAA